AUGGCUAACACUCAAGUCCUCCGCCUCCGCCGCACGGAUGCCGAUAGCGAAUUCGUUCUUGUCCAUGUGGCACGACAUGGCUCCAAACCGCUAGACCUCAAGCUGGUCGCUUCGGAAGGGGAGCAUGUCUAUCCGGUCAAGCUCAAGGAUUCCAGCGUCAAGACACUACAGGCCAAUAACUACGGUGGCGAUCUGGACCAAUGGAAGGCCACUCUUCGUUUUGCUCUGCUUCGUGAAAGGCCAGACAAUGGCGUACCGGAGAUGUUGCAAGGGAUAGAGACAGUGUGUUCACUCGAGCGCGACACCUUGAUAAUCACGAUUCGAAAGAACAUAGGCGGUAUUCAUCAGCGGCUCGGCACUAUUGUUUUGUCGCAGAACGAUGAGGAAGAGAUUAAUCCAUAUGACUGGGCUGCCAUCUCGACUGCGAAGGUCGACGAACUGCUGCAAAAUGCGAACGAGAUGCAGAUCUCUGCUAAGAAGCACGAAGAUGACGUGGCGAAGUUGACCAAACAGUUGGAAGAUCUGGUGCACGCAAAAAAGGAUCACGAGUCUGAGAUUCUCAAGAAAUGUGCAGCACUACUGAACGCAAAGAAGCUCAAGAUCCGAGACCAACAGCGAUUACUAUCAGGCGCAAAGAUUGAUAUCAACGAUGCGGAGCUAGUCAGUACUGCACGUCGGAGAGACGAAGGCGGGAAGGGCAGAACAGCAGCAUUAUCUCGAGGUUCUAAGCGGAAAGCGAAUGGUCAUGCCGAGUCAGUGCCUGAGGGCCACAACCAAGCCGAGACUGACGACGAUGAUGCCGAAGAGCCCGACGCCGAGCUCGAGCAAGAUCAAGAGACGCCUGAUCCGACGGACGACGAAGCAGAGGAAGAAUAUAUGCCGAGCAGCUCCAAGACUACGCCGCCGUCAAGUACGAGAGCAACAGGGAAGGCUUCCGAUAAUGCCAAGCGAUCUCUGAAGGGCAAUGUGAAGGGUGGAGACAGUGCCGGACAGGAGGACUCCAGUCUACCGCCGCAGCGCGAAUUGCCCUUCACAAAGAAGGCAGGCGUGUCGAACAAUGCACAGAACAAAUCAAUUGCUGCACGGCCGGGAUCCAGACCUACGCAGGACGAUGAGACGGAUGAUGAGGAGUUAUAA